AUGUAUUGUCUAUCUGAAAUGCCAACUACAAUGAAUGGUUAUACAAGUGAAGAUGAAUUGGGCUCGGAUAAUGAUGAUUUUAAAGAAGAAGAACGUUUGUCUGUUAUGAACAGUGUCCAAGAUCUAUUUGAAUCAAAUAAAAAUUAUCCAAAUAUUUGUCAGAUGUUUGAAUCCUAUGAACAAAAAUUUAACUUUAAUCUAAACCAUUUUAUUCGUAAACAUAAUAUGAAUCAAUACGACUACAUUCAAUUUAUUAAUUAUGUUAGGAAAGAAAAACCAUCAGUCAAUUAUUUAAAAGAAUUAGAUCAAAAGUCGAUACCAUGGAAUGAUGAAAAAUAUUUUCAAGCAACAAUUGAAGAUGAUCCAGCUCUACAAUUUGAUAUUGAAGAAGAUUUAUCUCAAUUAAAAUUAAAUGACUCAGCUAGCAACAUAUUAUCAGAUGAAAAGAAAGAAGAUUUAAAUAAAAAUUAUGAGCAUGCACUAAAAAUAGCACAUGAAAAAAUUCAACAAUUAGAAGAACAAGUUCAAACGUUGAAAACACUAUCAUCUCGAUUAUUAGAAGAACAAGAUAAUAACGCUAGUAAAUCCAAUCAAUCGUUCAUACCAAAAAAAAGAUUAUCUGAUGAAGAUGAAGAUUAUUUUUCAUCUUAUAGUCAUUAUGGUAUACAUCAAGAAAUGUUACAAGAUAAAGUGCGUACUUCAAGUUAUCUAUCUGUAAUAGAACGAAAUGCUGAAUUAUUCAAAGAUAAAAUUGUGUUAGAUGUUGGUUGUGGAACCGGUAUUUUGUCAUUGGCUUGUGCAAAAGCUGGUGCUAAAUUAGUUAUUGCUAUCGAUAUGGCUGAUAUUAUUUAUGAUGCAAUGGCAAUAGCUAAAGAAAACAAUAUUGACGAAUCGAACAUUAUAUUUAUUCAUGGAAGAAUUGAAGAUAUUUCAUUACCAGUUGACAAGGUUGAUAUAAUCAUAUCAGAAUGGAUGGGUUAUUUCUUAUUAUUCGAGUUAUUACCUGAUCAGUUUUCUAUUCAUUUGUCGUGUUUUCAUUCUGACCAGUUAUAUUCGGACUAUGUGGAUUAUUGGUCAGAUGUUUAUGGAUUUAAAAUGUCAACAAUUGGAAAACAAAUAAUGAAUGACGGACAUGUUGUUGUUGUGCAAGAUAGUGAUAGAGUAACAAAUACACAUUGUAUCAAAAAUUUGGAUAUCUACACCUGUACAAGUGCUGAUAUAUCGUUUACCAGUUCAUUUUCAUUAGAAGUUAUUAAAACUGCACAAAUAUCGGGAAUUGUCUGUUAUUUCGAUGUUGAAUUUAAGAAUAAUCUUGUGCAAAAUGUUAGUUUUUCGACAUCUCCUAAAGCUGAUUUAACUCAUUGGAAACAGACUGUGUUCUUUUUGCCAAUACCAUACCAGGUUGAUGAAGGUACGUUCGAUCGAUGCCGCCUUGGUGGCUGA